AUGCUUCAAAUCUCCAAACCAGGGUUUGCUGACUACCAAUGCAACAAUGCAAUGAGCUUAUUCUCGAGUUUACAAGGAUCGGCUACAAACUUCCGAAACCCCAGAACUAUUGGACAGGCAAUUUUGAAUAACCUGCCUGCUUCGGACAUUGUUGAAUCCGCCUCUGUUGCUGGGCCUGGAUAUGUCAACAUAGUCAUAUCCAGUGACUGGAUUGCUCAGAGGAUACAAGACAUGCUUAUCUAUGGUAUCAAAACAUGGGCGCCGACCUUGCCAGUUAAGAGAGCUCUGUUUGAUUUUUCCUCUCCUAAUAUUGCAAAGGAGAUGCACGUUGGUCAUAUCAGGUCAACUAUACUUGGAGAUACACUAGCACGCAUGUUUGAGUUUGCAAAUAUCGAAGUUCUUCGACGCAACCAUGUGGGAGACUGGGGCACACAGUUUGGCAUGCUGAUAGAAUAUUUGUUUGAGCAAUUCCCAAAUUGGGAGGAGGCUGGCAAUCAGGCCAUUGGAGACCUUCAGAGCUUCUACAAAGCAUCUCAGGCAAAAUUUGAAGAUGAGGGAAGUGGUUUUAAGGCUAAAGCUCAGCAAGCAGUAGUUCGGCUGCAGCAAGGGGAAGAAAGAUACCAAGCUGCUUGGAAAAAAAUAUGUCAAAUCAGUCGCACUGAGUUUGAGUCAGUAUACAAACGUCUUGGUGUGGAGCUUGAAGAAAAGGGUGAGAGAUUUUACAAUCCUUACAUCCCUCUUGUUCUGGAGGAAUUGACAAACAAAGGCUUGGUUAAAGAUGAUAAAGGUGCUCGAGUAAUAUUCACUGAAGGCCAACGAUCCCCGUUGAUUGUGGUCAAAAGAGACGGCGGCUUCAACUAUGCCUCCACAGACUUAGCCGCUCUUUGGUAUCAGUUUAAUGUGGAGAAGGCAGAAUGGAUAGUAUACCUAACAGACGUAGGUCAGAAGCAACACUUCCAUAAGAUUUUCAGCGCUGCUACCAUGACUGGCUGGCUCCCAGAUGAAAACGAACAAAGGUACCCAAAAACGACCCAUGUAGGCUUUGGCCUUGUUCUUGGGUUAGAUGGCACGCGUUUCCGAACUCGUUGCUCCGAAGUAGUUCGACUGGUAGAUCUACUUGAUGAAGCUAAAUCUAAGUGCAAAGCACAACUUAUUGAACACCUUACUGAAAAUGAAAAAAUUGCUGGCUGGACAGAUGAUGAGCUUGACAGAAUUUCAGAAGCUAUAGGAUUGGGCGCUGUUAAGUAUGCAGAUCUCAAAAACAACCGACUAACAAACUACACAUUUAGUUUUGAGAAGAUGCCAAGUGACAAGGGAAAUAGCGCUGUCUAUCUUCAGUAUGCACAUGCUCGUAUCUGUUCCAUUAUCCAAAAGGCCAACAAGGAUAUUGAAGAGUUGAAAACGAAGGCGGCUAUUACCUUUGUCCAUGCUGAUGAGCGUGCCUUAGGGCUACAUCUCAUCCGGUUCCAAGAGUAA